GUGAUCCCCAUUUUUUUUUUCUUCCUCUUUCAACUCUUGCUCCUUUUUUCUUGAUUCAGAUAAAUUAUCUACAUUUUUUUUCUCCGAAAAUCGAUAAAUAUUUUGAGAUAAAUAGCUUUGGAUAAAAAUCCAGAAAAAUUGAUUCUUCUCACAGAAAAUAGUGAAUUUUGCAUGGGCGGGCUACUAUUUUGAUGCGAGCAACACAGGAACGAGUUAACUCUGAGCAUUACUAGCCUCUGAAAAUUCGGAGGGCAGACAUGACGAAGAGAAGUUGGAAGGAAUCAAUGAAGGCAUUUGGGAGUCAUAUUGAUCCUGAGAAGGAAGAACAGUGGAAAUGGAUGAAAAUAGGUAAUUAUUCGAUUCCAGAACAACCUCGACCCUUUGAAUGUUAUUGGAGGUUGUGGGAUAACGCGUUAGAGGCAAAAAGAAGGCAAUAUAAAGCGAGUGUUCGAGCACAAAUUUACCCCCAACGUGGUGGAUUUAUGUGGUAUACAGAAUGCCAAUUGGUUCGCAAAAUUGAGAAUAAAGUAAAAAGGAUUGCAAAGCUAAUCAAGAAAAUAAAUCAAGGUAGUAGAGAAGGGAACUUGAGAAGAAGAUCAGAAUUGCUUCAACUUGUUGAUGAAUUCCACAAACAGUACAAGUCCCUCUAUUCGGUGUACGAUAAUCUAAGAGGGGAAGUAAAGAAAAAACUUAAUGAAGAACAUGAGGAUGAUUUAUCAUCUCAAUCUUCUUCAUCAUGUUCGAAUUCAGAAUCAUAUUUUAGCCCCGAGGAAUUGACCGCGAAAAGUAGUUCAUCUUGUUCCUAUUAUGAGCCUCUUGAUGAGUAUGCUAUUUUGAAGGACAAAGUUAUAACUUCAAAUAUCGAAGUGAAGGGGGGAAGUGUCGAAAGUUAUGAUAUGGAGAAUUUUGAGACACCGAUGUCUUAUAGCCGAGGGUCUGAGUCAGGGGAAUUCUUCAAAGACUUGAGGAUUCAAGGUGAAGAGAAGUUUAUAGAUGAAUCUGAAUGGUUCCAAGAGAGAGUAAAAGAAAAAGAAGACGAAAUCUUGUAUCUCACCGAUGAUUUUGAGCUUCGAGAGAAGGAGAGAUUGUCUCAAAUGAAGGGGUUAGAGGAUCAAAUUGCUAGCAUGAAGGUUGAAUUAUAUAACUUAUGUGUUCAAAAGAGAGAACUUGAAGAGCAACUCGAGUGCAAGUCGAAUGAACUUAAGCAAAUGGAAGAUAGUAACUCGAGACUGCAAUCUCGUGUGUUAGCACUAGAAGCAACCUUCACAGAAGUUGAUGAAAAUCUACUCAACUCAACAUCUAGAAUAGAUGAUCUUAUGGCAAAAUCACACGUUCUUCAGCAAGAAGUGGAUGGUUUAAACACUGAAAAGCAUGAAUUGGAACAAAAGUUGUUAAAUGAAACCAAGGAAGGAUCAGAACAAGUCAAGGACUUAGCAGAAAAAGCACAUUCUUCAGAACUACUACAGCACGUAAAUGGUCCACUGCAGCAAGAAGUGGACCGUGUACGUGUUCAAAGGAAUGACUUAGAACUAGAAACCAACAAAGGAUCGAAACAAGUUAAGGACUUAGAUUUUUCAGAACUACAGAAAUCUGAUUUGGAGCUGUCACUUGAAAAGAAGUCUCACGAGGCAUCUGACCGAGUUAAGGAUUUAACAGAAAGGACUACUUAUCUGCAACAUGAGUUGGAAGCCUUAAGAAAACAGAAUUGUGAACUAGAGUUGUCACUCCAAGAAAAAACUCAAGCACUAUCAGAAUGUCAUCUUCAGAUAGAAAAUCUGAAAGGGGAACUAACGAGCACUACUUCAUCUGAAAAGGGGCUAACAAAAGCAACGGAGGGCUUAAAAUCGGAGGUGAACUCACUCAUGGAUGCAAAAUGUGACAUGGAAGAGAAGAUAAUGGAUAUGAAUCAAGAAGCUUAUCAUUCAGAGUUACAAAAAGAAAAGCUGACUGAUAAGAUCAUGGAAUUGGAAACAAAACUAUUAGGAAAAGAAGCAGAGGUGGGAAUUCUUCAAAAGAAGCACGAGGUUUACAUGAACGAUAUGUCGGCUCAAGGUUCAACAUUGACAGACCGAAUCAACAAUAUUCAAAAGCAGCUGCAAACCGCGGAAACUGAAAAAUCAAGAUUUCAGUCUCAGCUUGAGAAGGAAAAACAUGAAUUUUCCCAAAGCCUUAUGCAGAUGGAAAAGAAAAAUACCGAAUUGACUAUCAAGAUCGCGGAGCAGGAGAAAACAUUAAAAGGGAUGCAAGAUGUUGUAAACAAGUCAAAAGGGGAACAUAAGCAAAUGGAAAUCAAGUUAGAGGAUUCCAAAUUAAAUUUUCACAAUGCUGAAAGAAAACUAGGAGAAAUGACGGAGGAACUACGCAAGUCAUUUGAAGACAGUUUACGAAUCUUGAGCAGAAGGAUCCGCGUGGCAGAACAAAUGCAUAUCGAGAACAAGGAGUGGUACCAAAAAACCAGAAACUCAUACGUGAAAGAGAACAAAGAUCUAAAAGAGAAAAAUGCAAGAAAUGAAAUGGGGUUGAGGGGAAUUAAGGAUAUAUCGUUGACAGCUACCGAUAUGUUAAGUUCACUAGACACUGUGGCACUCAAGUUUGAGGAAUGCACUGCUCAUUUCUUGAAUCGAAUAUCAAAGAAUUCAUGCGAGCUGCAAUUUGUAAAAGAUUGGGUGAUGAGGAAAAAUAAAGCGAUGGCACACAUGAAAGAUGACUUUGAUUGUUUACUUGCACAAUGUGAUGACAAAGAAUCUGAGAUAUUGAAGUACAGAGAGAAAGUUUGGAAGUCAGAGAACAAAGUUAGGGAACUAGAGAAGAUGAUCAAGGACAGAGAGGAAUCAAUGUUGUCUCUCAAGGAGGAAAAACGAGAGGCGAUUAGGCAAUUAUGUGUAUGGAUUGAUUAUCAUCGUAGUCGGUCUGAUUACUAUAAGAGGAUCUUGCUAGCUGAAUUUGGCCGGAGGAGCGCUCCCUAGGAAUGUUUUUUCCUUAAGAGCUAUCAGUAACUUCUUUAGUCAUAGUUACAUGAGGAGAUAUAUGAGCUUGUGUCCUUUUUUUCUUCUUUAUACAUCUGGUAUCCGAAAUCUACUGAGUUCAAAUUUGCGCUAGCCAACUAAAGGAGGGGGAAGGCUCUUCCUACCAAGAGUUUCACUAGUUUCUUCAGUUAUAAGUAACAUCUUCUUCUAGUCUACUGGCUCCAGAAUCGUUCAGCGUUGGCGCCACUCAAGGGGGAAAUGUGCUUCUCACCAUGAGUUUCUUCAUUCUGACUAAACUAGAGAAGGUUGGAACCGCCAUUUGCACGGUCCUCGUGACGGGAACUUGCUUAGAUCAAGCCAAGAAGCUGAUGUACAAGGUUAACAAUCUUCCUGAGAAUUGUAAGCCAUUUUGUUUUAUGUACUCAAUAGGCUUGUUCUUGUUAGAAAUUAGUAUGAUUGUAUACUGAAUAAAAAAGUGUAUGAAGCACAAAAUUAGUCAAGACACUUAAAUAAUUUUGGUGACAAAGCUAGACUUUGCAUUGUAUAUUUGGAUUUGAGAAUCAACUAAAUCUCUUGUUGGAGAAAAGAGAUUAUGUUAAAGAA